CCCUGUCCCUGUCUCUGUCCCUGUCCCUGUCUCUGUCUCUGUCCCUGUCUCUGCCCCUGUCUCUGUCCCUGUCUCUGUCUCUGUCCCUGUCCUGUCUCUGUCCCUGUCCCUGUCCUGUCUCUGUCCCUGUCCCUGUCUCUGUCCCUGUCUCUUUGACAGUUUCAGCUCAAAAGCUUCAGAAACGAAAAUGUCCUGGAAGCCCUGUUAUUUUAAAACCUGCACUGACGUCCAGGGCUCCCCCUGUCCCUGCUCCUGUCCCUGCUCCUGUCCGUGCUCCUGUCCCUGCUCCUGUCCCUGCUCCUGUCUCUGCUCCUGUCCCUGCUCCUGUCCCUGCUCCUGUCCCUGCUCCUGUCCGUGCCCCUGUCCGUGCUCCUGUCCCUGCUCCUGUCCAUGCUCCUGUCCCUGCUCCUGUCCGUGCUCCUGUCCUGCUCCUGUCCCUGCUCCUGUCUCUGUCCCUGUCUCUGCUCGUCCUCCUGCUCCUUUUCCUCAUCACGUUUUGUCCAAGAAAGUUCCCUCAAAACCUCCUGAAGCCGUCACUGCUCCUCCAGAAAAACAAGCGUCUCUGAAGAGGCUCCGGACUCAGAGUCCCGCUUCGGACCGAACCCCGGACCGAACCCCGGACCGAACCCCGGACCGGUCGAGGUUCACGUGGGUGCUGGCGGGUUCUAAGGGCCCCAGAGGGAGUGUGGCAGGUGCGUCAGGUGCGUCAGCCUCUGGACCAAUCAGACGCAGCCGUGUGAGCGCGCUCAGUAGGUACCAGUGGGUCCAGACCCGGGUCCAGAGUCCCGGGUCUGGACCCAAGUCCAGUCCUAAAGGUCGCAGCAGGUUCAAGUGGAGCGCCCCCCAGAGGUCAAAGGUCACCGCGGGCUCAGCCUCUGUCACCACGGCAACAGGAAGCACCGCCAAAGUGAGACGCCGCUCCGACAACCUCCGAGACAGCCCAAGUCCUUCUGAAGUCCGGACUCCCAGCAGGUCUGGAUCCGGCCGGACUCUGGUCUCCAGGCACAAACUGAGACGGAUCGGCUCUGGACCCGUCAGAACCCCCAGAACCCCUGGUGCCCUCGGAACCUCCAGAACCCCCAGAACCUCCAGAACCAAGGAGCUGGUGUCAGUGUCGCGCCACAAGCUACGGAGGCUCAGUCCUGGUCUGAGCAGCUGCAAGGUCCAGUCCAAACCUGAGACUAAGUCUGGUCCACAGUCCGGUCCACAGUCCGGUCCACAGUCCGGUCCACAGUCCGGUCCACAGUCCGGUCCACAGUCCGGUCCACAGUCCGGUCCACAGUCCCGUUCAGCCAAGUCCAAGGAGCUGGUGUCGGUGUCCAGGCACAAACUGAGGAGGAUCAACCCUGGACUCUCCAAAUCCCAGAGCAGAACCAGCCCCAGAACCAGCCCCAGGAGUCCAGAGACCAGGACUGUGCCAGCUCUGACCCCGGUGACCCUCAGGACCAGGUUCAAGAUGGACAAGAGGAACCUGCUCCAGACCUGGAGGAACCGCAGAGUCCAGACUGCCAGGAGUUUCCUUCAGAGCCGGCUCCGCCCCGCCCUCUCUGGCCCCGCCCUCUCUGGCCCCGCCCUCCUCGGCCGCGCCUCCACGUCGCCCUCUAUGUGCUGGAUCAGAGGUUCUCUUUACCGAGUCUCCGCCAACAGACUGUCCAAGGCCCCGCCCCCUCGCAGGUCUGCAGGCCCCGCUUCCCUCUCACCCGCGAGCUCCGCCUCCAGACACCUGGCCAGGUGCGCCCUCCUCCGCAGCCUGUCGGUGGCUCGCUCCUGUCGCUCGUCUCGCUCCUGUCGCUCGGGGCAGGGACAGUUCUGUAUGUUCUACAACCGAUUCGGACGCUGCAACAGAGGAACCUCCUGCCCCUACGUCCACGACCCCGACAAGGUGGCCGUGUGCACCAGGUUCCUCAGGGGUCGCUGUAAACAGGGAGAUGAGUGUCCUUUCUCCCACAAGGUCUCCAAGGACAAGAUGCCCGUGUGCUUGUUCUUCCUGAAGGGUCGUUGUUCUCACCCUGAGUGUCCGUACAGCCACGUCUACGUGUCCAAGAACGCACAAGUGUGUGAGCUGUUCCUGCGCGGAUACUGCCCGCAAGGACAGAAGUGUAAGAAAAAGCACACUCUGGUUUGUCUGGAUAAAAACUGUUCCCGCGGCGACGACUGUAAACUCCAACACAAACAACCAAUCAGACGCAGCGCAGCCAAGAAGCCCCGCCCACAUGCAAAAAGAAGCAGAGCGCAGACUCCAGACCCUGCAGCUGUUCACUCUUCCAGUCCUGCUCCACAGUCCUGUCCUGGUCCCAGUUCUGGUCCCAGUCCUGGUCCCAGUUCUGGUCCCAGUCCUGGUCCCAGUCCUGGUCCUCUUCAGAAGCUGCCGUCCUUCAUCUCUCUGUGCAGUUCUCCAGAGGAUCCUGACACUCCUCCAGGGGGCGCUGUGGUCGGCCGAGGGUGGAGUCUGCAGAUCAAGCCGCGCUUUGAAAACCUGAAUAGCUGAAGGACUUUGUGAACAGCUGAAGGACUUUGUGAACAGCUGAAGGACUUUGUGAACAGCUGAAGGUCUGAGCCUCAGGGAUGUGCAGGUUUUGUGUUUUUAAUGUUUAAAGUGUUUUUUUCUGAUGUGGUAAAAACGUUUUUAAAACUGUUCAGAUUUUUGAAAAGUUUGGUCUUUAUCAAAUAUUUAGACUGAAGUUGUUGCAUCGUGUUCAGCUUCAGCUUUAGCAGAGUUUUAGUGUCACAUUGAAACAUUUUCAGGUUUUGAGUUUCACAAAUAAACACUGAAAAUUUAA